AUGUUCAGAUCAACAGGAGUCUCAUUAGUCAGAGCAGCAAGGUCAAUUGCCAGAAACAACACCGCUGCUUCAGUCGGUUCAGUUCGGACAAAGUACUCGUUACCCACGUUGGACUAUGAGUUGGAUGCGUUGGAACCUUACAUCAGCGGUCAAAUCAACGAUCUUCACUACAACGUAUGUCAUCAAAAUCAAGGGAACAGCUGGGAUCAAUUGGAGCUAGUAACGUAUUUAAAGACUGAUUACUAACACUCAAAAUAGAAACACCACAAGACUUAUGUUGAUAACUUGAACAAGGCAAUUGAGUCGGCAGUUGAGGCUAAAUCGAGAGGCGAGGUCAAGAAGUUGAUUGCCUUGCAAAAAGCUCUCAACUUUAACGGUGGUGGUUACGUCAACCACUGUUUGUGGUGGAAAAACUUGGCUCCACAGAGUGCCGGUGGCGGUCAAAAGCCAAGCGAAGACUCGGCUUUGGGCAAGCAAAUUGCAAAGCAGUACGGCUCAGUUGACAAGUUGAUUGAGAUCACCAACGCCAAGUUGGCCGGUAUCCAGGGCUCAGGAUGGGCUUUCAUUGUCAAGAACAAGGAAAACGGUGGCGAGAUUGACGUCAUCACAACUGCCAACCAGGACACGGUUACCGAUCCAAGCUUGGUCCCAUUGAUUGCCAUUGACGCUUGGGAGCACGCAUACUACUUGCAAUACCAAAAUGUCAAGGCUGACUAUUUCAAAGCUCUUUGGAAUGUCAUCAACUGGAAAGAAGCUGAAAGAAGAUUUGAAUUUUGA